AAUCACAGUCUGAAGCCAAGGUAACUCGAGAAGUGUUAGCAGCCGCGGUGGCUGAGCCCGAGCGAGAUGAUCAUGUAAACCUACUUGAGAAACAUACCUUGACAAAGACCCUGAGAAUCGGUGCGUGGGUCAAAAGAUUUAUAUAUAAUUGCAAGAAUGAGAGAGACAACCGAAUUGGAGGUCCUCUUCGUUAUGACGAAAUCCUGAAGGAAGAAAAGUGGUGGAUUGCUAAAGUCCAGAAGUUGAUUUCAGAAGAAGAACGAGAAAAGCGUAAAGAUCUUAACCUGAAAACAAAUCAGGACCACGCCGG